AAAGCUUAAAUGAUCGAUAUAUGUACGUCCAUAUACGCAAUACGCGAGAAUACAAGUUACAACACAGAUCACAGUCAGUCACGCUCACACCUGGAAGCUCUUGGUCUGAGCUCUUUCUUACUCUGGACCGACAUGCAUGGGUCAUGGCUGCGCCGCAUGCCCAGCGAGCGUUCAGGCCAUGCUCGCUCGAUAAUUAAAUGCCCCGCCCAGAGGCUCGCCAGGCGGCCAGCCAGGGCCAAGCUCACUCGCUCGGCCGUCUGCGCGUGUGUGCACGUGCUACACCGCGGGCAGCGGCUUGCUGCGCACAGGAGUGGGGGGGGAGGGAGACCUCCGGGGCCGCUGACUCAGCUGAGCCCCAGCGCCUCGAGGGCGUCAGGGUCGUAGUUGGUGCGGCAGUGCUCCCACCACUCUUCUUUGUCGCGCUCGCCGUCGGCGCUGUAGAAAGGGACCAGCGCGAAGAAGCCGAAGAAGAAGAAGACGAGCGACAGGAAGAUGGCGAAGAUGGCCAGCUUGCCCUUGAGCCGAUCGCUGAGCCCCGCCUGCUGCGGGAUCGGCACCGACAGCUCGAGCCCACCCCGCAGCUUCACCACCGGUAGCGCGUUGCGCACCUAUCAUGACAAAGCCCACGUUGGGUAUGUGUGGGGACGCGGCCCUUGGCCGGGAGGGGGGGGGGGGGGGGCUGCGGGCGUGCACGCACAGCCGGGCGGGUGUAGGGCGGACGCCGCCGCGUCCCGCUGCUGUGGGCGGAAAUCGUCUCCGACUGCCACCGCUUGGCUCGCUCCGUGCGCUGCUGCACGGAUCGGAUCGACGCAAGCCGAUCCUGGACGGCCUUGAGCCGUUGCGCGACACGAUCGGGGGAAGACGAGGAAGAAGUGUCCGAGCCCACAUCGAAGGUCUGCGGCGACACCGCCGACGAGAGAGUCACUGGCGAGACUCCCCCCGACCCCGCAACCUAACGGCGCAAGAG